AGAGAGAGAGAGAGAGAGAGGGAGGGUUGCAGAGAUGGAGAAUCAAGAGGAAGAGGACAAGUUUGAAAAGCAGCCGGAGGAGGAGCAGAUGGGUUCAAGUCUCACCAUGGAGAGAGUGGCCGCGGCCAAGCAGUACAUAGAGAACCACUACCGCUCGCAGAUGAAGAACAUACAAGAUCGCAAAGAGAGACGUUGGGUGUUAGAAAGGAAAUUAGCUUCUUCAGAUGUCUCAGAGGCGGAACAUAUCAAUUUAAUUAAGGAUUUGGAGCGGAAAGAAACUGAGUUUAUUCGACUUAAACGGCACAAGAUUUGUGUUGAAGACUUUGAGUUAUUAACCAUUAUCGGGAGAGGAGCUUUUGGAGAGGUCAGAUUAUGCCGGGAGAAGUCCUCUGGCAAUAUCUAUGCCAUGAAAAAGUUGAAGAAAUCAGAAAUGCUUAGCAGGGGCCAGGUUGAACAUGUCAGAGCUGAGAGGAACCUACUUGCAGAAGUUGCCAGUCACUGCAUUGUGAAACUCUAUUAUUCAUUUCAAGAUCCAGAGUACUUGUAUCUGAUUAUGGAAUAUCUGCCUGGUGGUGACAUGAUGACACUGUUAAUUAGAGAAGACACCUUAACUGAAAGUGUGGCUAGAUUUUACAUUGCGCAAAGUGUUCUGGCCAUAGAGUCAAUUCAUAAACAUCACUACAUUCAUAGGGACAUUAAACCUGACAACCUUCUAUUGGACAAAAAUGGUCACAUGAAGCUCUCAGACUUUGGUCUUUGCAAGCCUCUGGACUGCAAUACAUUAUCUACUCUAGAUGAAAAUGAACCAAUGGCUGAUGAAAAUCUGAGAGAAUCAAUGGAUGUUGAUGGAUGCUUCCCGGCUGCAGAUGGGGGGAGCAGGUGGAAGAGCCCAUAUGAACAGCUUCAACAUUGGCAGAGGAACAGGAGGAAAUUGGCAUUCUCCACUGUGGGCACUCCAGACUAUAUUGCCCCUGAAGUACUACUGAAGAAAGGCUAUGGCAUGGAGUGUGACUGGUGGUCACUGGGAGCAAUAAUGUACGAGAUGCUUGUUGGUUAUCCCCCAUUUUACUCUGAUGAUCCAAUAACCACAUGCAAAAAGAUUGUGCAUUGGAGAAAUCAAUUAAAAUUUCCAGAAGAGGCAAGAUUGACCCCUGAGGCAAAGGAUCUUAUCUGUAGAUUGCUAUGUGAUGUUGAACAUAGGCUAGGUACUGGAGGGGCAGACCAAAUAAAAGCUCAUCCUUGGUUCAAAGAUGUUGUAUGGGACAAACUCUAUGAAGUGGAGGCAGCUUUUAAACCAGAGAUCAACGGGGAGCUAGAUACUCAAAACUUCCUGAAGUUUGAUGAACUUAAUCCUCCAACGGCGACAAGAACUGGCUCUGGACAAUCAAGGAAGAUGCUAUUAGCUCCCAAAGAUUUGAGUUUUGUUGGCUACACAUACAAGAAUUUUGAAGCUGUCAAAGGGCUACAUCUAUCUCUUGGUGAUUCUGCAAUGGACUACUCUAUGAAACCUGCAAAUGAGGAAACAGAAACACAGAUGCUUACAUCUGGCGAUGGCAUGUCACCAUAAGAUUCAUGUAACGCAUCUUAUGACAGAUGCAUGAACCCCCUCUGAUGUUGACCGCUGAAUGCCUGCUUAGUUUUAGUCGGGCAUUUGAAAGAAAUUGCACUUCCACGCAUUUGCAGAGCCAUCAUCUAAGUGUACAGUAGUGGUAUUUAAGGUACUAAACAAAGCUCAGUGAUGGGCUGGUAGUGGUAGUAGCAGCAGUGCAUUAGCAUUGGUAGUACUUAACAGUGCAGAGUUUGUCCUGAGCAAUGAGAUGAUAUUAAUGUCCUGGCUGCCCAGGUUGGCUAAGUAAAACAUGCCUUCUCUUGUGGCAGUUUCUGGUUGGGUUUUAUAUCUAUUCCCUUUUUCUUGAAGAACUUCUCUGACAUUAGAGAAGCUAAAGCCAGCCCAUCAUAUUGAUGUUAAGGAAGACCAUAACUGAUACUUUGUAUGUAUUAAAAAUCUUUUGGCAUUAGUAGACAGAAAAUCUAGUGGUGGUUGUAUUUCAA